AUGCCAUAUUCUCUCAAGGGAAGAAAUGUCCUUAUUACUGGAGGCUCAAGAGGCCUGGGAGCUCUGGUGGCAGAGAAAUUCGCAGCGGAAGGCUCCAAUAUCGCCCUGAAUUAUGUAUCAAACGAAGCUCGCGCGAAGGAAACUGCUGAGAAGCUGGAGAAAGAAUUCAAUGCCAAAGUCAUUCUCGUCCAAGCAGAUGUUGGUAUACAGGCAGAUUGCAUCAAGCUCGUCAAGCAAACGAUUGAGCAGUUGGGAGGCCUAGAUAUCGUGAUCUCUAACGCUGGGUGGACGAAAAUGUCCCAAUUCGACGAUCUGAAUGCAUUGAAUGAAGAUGAAUGGGACAAGUGCUGGGCAACUAAUGUCAAAGCAAAUCUUCACAUCUUCCGAGAGGCGGAACCGACGUUUAGCGCUAACCCCGAAGGCGGGGUGUUUAUCAUAACUUCUUCCACAGCGGGCAUUACUCCAGGAGGGAGUAGCAUGGCAUACUCCGUCUCCAAGGCAGCAGGGUUGCAUUUGAUGAAAGCGCUCGCUUCAUCUCAGGGGCCCAAGAUCCGAACUAAUGCUGUCCUCCCAGGGCUUCUCCUCACCGAAUGGCUAUUUCGAUUAACAAUGUGGACACAGGGCGAGAGAUUCCCCAAGGAAGCCAUCCAGGACUAUAUAGAUAAGGUUGCUUUAAAGCACGUUCCUGAGCUUGAUGACUGCGCUGAUAUAUUCAUCACAAUUGCCAAAAACACCUCUAUGACUGGGCAACAGAUUCAAGUUGAUUCCGGGUACUAUUUCCGGUAA